CUCCUCCUGACUCCUCUCUUUCAGGUGUGUGUUGUCAUGGCAUCGGCCGUGUGUGUGCUGUUGUGUGUUUGUGUGCGUGCGUGUGUCUCCUUCAACGUGGACACAUCCUUUCCACUCUUAAAAACCGGAGGAGACCAGACGUUCUUUGGCCUGUCGGUGGCGCUGCAUGAAGACCUGAGGACAGGGGAGCACAUGCUGUUGGUUGGAGCUCCAUUGGCCGGGGCGGAGCCUGGCGUGCCAGCCAAUCGCACCGGGGGAGUCUACAGCUGUCCCAUCAGUGAGGGUCAGAGUGCGGAGUGCAGCAGGAUGAAGCUGCUCGAUCCAGAGGUGAACCUGUCAAAGGACCUGAUAGAAGACAUGUGGCUGGGUGUCUCUGUGGUCAGUCAGGCUCCCCCUGGUGGCCGUGUCCUGGUGUGUGGUCAUCGCUUCGUCAAACUCUACGGGCCUCUGGCCAUCCGACAGAUGAUUGGACGAUGCAUCCUGCGGGGAAAUGACCUGCGCUACAACGACACGGACAUGAACUGGCAAAACCUGGCGCAAACGUGCAGUCACGUCGGUGAUGUCAGAGGUGAGGUCAUGUGUAAUGCUGGGAUUUCAGCUUACAUCACUCAGAGUGAGGUCAUUAUCGGGUCACCAGGAAGCUACGAAUGGCAAGGAAACGUGCACAUGACUUGGUUGAACCCCGAUGACCUCUUUGACUCACAGAAAACUUCCUUCAUCAACAUGAAAAGCAGAAACCUUUACAUCGGUUAUUCUGUCUCUCUGUCUCAACAUGUUCUGUCACAUGAUGAUGUCACCAUCAUCACAGGCGCUCCGAAAGACAGUAAAGAUGACGCUCGCGGCUCCGUGCUGUUGGCAGUGAAGGCGUCCAAUCGGCUGCUUCCUCGUGUGACUCUGCGCGGCCAACAGACUGGUUCCUACUUCGGGAAUGCGGUGGCGACCGCUGACAUCAACAAUGAUGGGUGGGACGACCUUCUGGUGGGUGCUCCGUUUUUCUUUAAUAACCAACAGGAAGUUGGCGGAGCGGUGUAUGUUUACAUGAAUUUAGGUGGAAGGUUUGAUUCCAGGCCCAGUCAGGUGCUGACAGGACCAGUUGGAUCUGCCUUUGGAAUGAGCCUCAGUGCCGCAGGAGAUCUGGACCAAGACGGAUUCAUGGACUUUGCAGUUGGAGCGCCGUUUCAUCAAACAGGAAGUGUGAUGAUCUGGAGAGGAAGCAGAGAUGGAAUUUCAACACGACCCAGUCAGGUCAUCCAUGGCAGCAGCGUGUCACCACUUUUCAGGACCUUCGGUUACUCUCUGUCCGCUGGCCUGGAUGUGGACAAGAACCGUUAUCCUGACCUUUUAGUUGGGUCUUUGGACGACACCGUUGUUCUGCUCAGAACCCGUCCUGUCGUACACCUGAGUAAAAAGAUCCAGGUUUCUCCAGAGGCCGUUGAUCCAAACAACUGUCACUUCUGCAUUCAGGUACAGGUGUGUUUCUCCAUCAGCUUCAGCUCAGACCAGAGCCACACUGAAAACAUCAGAAUCCAAUUCACUGUCGCUGCCGAUGUAACCAGCCUCAAGCCCCGCCUCCUUUUCAGUGACAACGGACAAAGCAGACUGUCCGGUUUCCUGACUGUGAGGAAAAGACAUUGCCAAAUCCUGAGAGUGGGACUGCAGAGUUUGUUCAAAAACUAUCUGGAACCUUUAGUGUUUUCUCUCAAUGCUUCGCUGAGCGAGAAGCUGCCCACGAGAAGAAGUGGUGUCCAGGACCUGAAAAUGUUGCCAGUCCUUUCCCACACGCCAGAACCAACCAGAACACAGAUCCACAUCCACAAAGCAUGUGGUUCCGACAACCAUUGCCAGAGUAACCUGCAGAUGGCGGCCCAGUUCAUGGACGAAAACCAGGAAGCCUUGGUCAGAAAGAACGUGGUUCUUCGCCACAACACCUCCUUCACCACGUUGAUCCUGGAGGUGAACGUCAGCAACGUGCCGUCCACAGAUCAACCAGCAGAGGACGCUCAUGGUGCUGUUCUGAAUGUUAGCUCUUCACCCUGCCUCGUCUACUCGGGAGUCAGAACCAAGGGUGAAGCUGUGACAUCAUCAGUGACCUGUUGGCUCCAGGAGAUGGUUCUGCUCUGUGACCUGGGAAACCCGUUCAGAAAGAACCAGCAGGUUCAGAUAUUGAUCAUCUUCCAGUUGAAGACCAAUCUGGAGGCCAGAGAAGUCCAAAGUGUUCUGCAGCUACAGACUCUCAGUGAACAGCCUCCUGUGUCUCCUCUCCUCGUCUCUUUGCUGCUGGACUUUUGGCUCCAGCCUUCACUCCAACUGCUCAGACGGCCUGGCCCCGCCUUCUAUCAAAGUCAUGUGACGAGUGAACCCGCUCUGAAAAAGACGGAGGACAUUGGUGCUCAGCUGAUCUACGUCCUUCAGGUAGAUGUGGAAACCUCACUGCCCAGUCACCUUGGCCGUCUGCAGCUGCGAUUUGAUUGGCCGAGGGCUGUUUCCAGUGGGAAGCAGCUAAUGUAUGUGACACAGAUCCUGGUGGACAGUGAUACUGAGCCUCGCUGCCGUCCUGACAAUAUCAUCAACCCCCUCAACCUGAUACUGUCGGAGGAGGACCAGAAAAGGACAAAACAGAGUCUGGAUCAGGAGGUGGAGCCUGUUCAUUAUCGACACACAAACCGGACACAAAGCGGACAAACAAAGUCUUACAGCCUAGACUGUGAGCAUGGAGCCCAGUGUGUAACUUUCACGUGUCCUCUGCUGGAGCUGAAGAACUCAGCUACUGUAACGGUUUGGGCCCGACUCUGGAGUUCCACCAUGAUUGAGGAUUUUGCUGAUGCCAGGAUGGUUUUGGUUCGAGGUCGAGUGACUCUAGAACUUCAAACAAACAAGACCAACAUUAGGAUGGAGUCUCAGCGCAUUGAGAUCCAGGUACGGGUUUAUCCGGAGUUUACACAACAGUUGGACUCCGGCGCCCUCCCAUGGCUGCUGCUGCUCUCUGCACUCGUUGGAGUCUCCCUGCUGACUAUAAUCGCUCUGCUGCUCUGGAAGUGUGGGUUCUUUGAGCGUCACAAGGCGGCGAUCUACCAGGGGAGGAUUGAGAUUAAAGGGGAAAUCCUGGACAAGUCCUUGGCGCCUGACCACGCCCCCUACCCGCCAAAACAUGGAGUCACUUCGUGAUCGUGCCGUUGUGUUUGCGGGUUGUUUCGUUGUCAUUGUUGGUGUGUAUUCCUGUUGAUCGGUGCCUGGUUUUGUCUCCUGUGAUGUCAUGAUGUCACACUGAGGCAGAGCUAAAAGUUUGCCACGUUGAGUCUGGUGUUUACAGUAGGUGUCUGUGAUUUGUAAUCCUGUUGUGUAUACUGUACUGUACAACACGCUG